AUGUGGCGGUUUUCCUUGGCCCUUGCCUUCGUUGCGGUGGGCUCCGCCCAGCAUAGUACCGCCGAGGAUUACCGGGCGCAGAAGUGUGCCUUCAUUAAGAAGGAGAUCGCUUCCGGUCACAAGGCUUACCUGUCCAAGCAGCAUUGGUUUCAACGUCUGGCAAGGGCCUGCGGGUUCAGUGACAACCAAGCCUUCGCCAUUCCUGCUCAUCGUCCAGUUCUGGCGCGGCCGUUCCAGGCAGAAUUCAACGCCGCCCCUAUGCAAAAUGCUUUGGGUUGGGCCAAGAGCGCCAUCACUUCCAAAGAGGGUGCAGAACUCAAAUCCGAAGCAGCAAAAUUGGCGCUCAAGGCCAAAACGGCGUUUGAGCAUCAAGAUACACAAGAGCUCAAAGAGGGAGCAGCCGACUUCAUGGGCAAGUUGAAGGAGCUUUGGGACCAGAAUGCCGACGAGGAGAUGAAGAUGAAGGCGGCCGUCCUUCUGAACAAAGCGAAACAGACUUUGGAAGCGAAGGGUGUGAAGGACUUGCCAGAAAAAGUCGUGGCAGUCGAGAAGCAGCUAGAGGCAGCCAAGGAUAACUUGGCUGGAGGCAACGUUGAUUUGGCUGAGCUAGCAUCUGCUGCUCGAGACGGUAACCUACAGGGCCAGGCUGCUGGGCUGUUGAAGAUGGCAAUGAAGAAGCCUGAGACGGAGCUCCUUGCCAACAAGGCGGCCGAAACCUUGGAGAAGCUGAAGGCUUCAGGUUUGGACGCGAAGGUGCGGCAGGCAUUCCAGCAAGCUGAGACAAAGCUGGGCCCAAUUCACGUGUAG